AUGACCGCCUUCUUUGCCGAGAUUGACGACAUCAAAAACGCAAAUCACCAGUUCGACAACAACGUCGCAAAGAUCGAGUCCUUGCACAACCGCUCGCUCAACGAAAUCGACGUCGAGCAAGAUCAGUGGAACCAGAAGCAAAUCGACGCGCUCGUCGCCGAGACUUCGCAGCUUUCAAACACGCUCAAGUAUAAAGUCAAGUCCCUCGAGGGCAAGAGCCGGAAUGACAGCACCAAGCGGGUGCAGGUCGAUGCCGUCAAAAAGACUUUUAUGGACUCCAUCCAGCGAUACCAGAGCGUAGAGGCCUCCUAUGGUCUCAAGUACAAGCAGCGUGCCGAGAGACAGUACAGAAUUGUCCGACCCGACGCGAGCGACGAAGAGGUUCGCGCUGCUAUCGAAGACGAGUCUGGCUCGCAGAUUUUCUCGCAGGCUCUGCUGAACUCCAACCGUGUUGGCGAAGCCCGAUCAGCUCUUACUGAGGUCCAGAACCGACACAAGGACAUCCAGAAGAUGGAGCGAACCCUGGGCGAGCUUGUCCAGCUGUUUAAGGAUAUGGAGGAGCUUGUCGAGGUCCAGGGAGAGGAUGUUGUUGCUGUUGACCAGACCACCAAGCGCGUCGAGCGCGAGGUCAACAAGGGUGUCGAGGAGACCAGAGUCGCCGUCAAGCACGCCAAAAACGCCAGAAAGAAAAAGUGGUUCUGCCUCAUCAUCGUUAUUCUUAUCAUUGUCAUCUUGGCUGCAACCCUUGGUGGUGUCUAUGGCUCGAGAUAA